AUGGUCCAUUUAGAGAUCGUACCUGUCCGGCAUUGGUUAUGCACUUUCGGCCGCCAAUGCAGCACUCCGGACAUAAGGCCUGAGACUGAUUCCCUGUCCUGUCUCUCGUCUCCAUGGCUGACCGUGAUCGCGAUUCGCGAACAUCUCUCCGUCUUGCAGCUCACAGCCGUUGAAUAUCCACUCAGCCAUGAGCGAGUUCCAGUGGUCUCAAACGACUGUGGUCGUGGUUGUGCUACCACCAUGGCAUCAUGGCAGCGCGCCUUGUGCAACCACUUUUGCACGUUUCCAUGCGUGCGACUUCGUACCAGUCCAUUGGCUCCCGGAUCGACAGGAGCUCGACUCCUGGGCCCGUAUAAAGUCCCAUACCACCCUUACAGUGGGUCAGGCGCUCGGACGCUGGUAUGGGACUUUAUACGCCUCCCGACUCUGUUCGACAAACCUGCUAUCGGCCCGUACGUGCAGGUGAGCGCAGGAGACAGCGACAACAGUGACCUCACCGUUCUCCCAUCUGCCAAGCCUGAUGUUCUUCUGAUGGCCCAGUUUGCAGGCCUCACUGAGUCACGCAGUACGACGCUCUUGCUAUCAGGUCAACUGCUCAAUGCAGGUCAUUGUGACGCCUUCGAAACCGGUACUGCACCUACCGAUUACUUUUUACCUGUUCCUGCCGCGCUGCAGCAGGUCAUGGCAUCAGUAGACAAAGCCUCUUUUCUGCAGCUUCAAUCGCGCGAUCCUCAGCCCUCCACGACAACAUCGGCGCCUUCUUAUCAGGUCUCUGCGUGGUAUCUGAAUCGGAGCUCAAGCCUGACGAAAGCAAUGUCAAGGAGGCUGCACCUACCCCACACAAAUCUCACACCUGCAACUCUUGAUCUCUCCAUCGCCUCGUCCACAUACCCCAAAGUAUACUUGGUUCUUGAAGCAACAGAACCACUGCCCAGCCCAACAAUGCAGGAACUCAGACUUCGCCUGCACAUAUAUGCAUUUAUCAUGAAUAGCUUCAGCAAGCACGCGAGUCACGAUCAUCAACCUCCUGAGUCUACCGAUAUCCGGGGUUUCGUCAGUCACACUUCACCCCGCGGUCGCGGGGAUUCAAACCAUACGUAA